AUUCCCAGUUAUUGUUGAGGUUAACAUGUAGUUACUAAUUUGAAUACAAAUAAAUAAUUGUUUUGAAAAUUUAUUUGUCAUAAUUUUACAUUUGUUAACAAAAAAAAUCAAUACAGUUUUAUUUCAACUACAGUCAGUUAAUUUCAGUUUUGAGGUUAUAAAAUUUAGCUCUGUCAGGUUGCAUAUUCUGCUAGAUGACCAGUCACAAUUUUCAUGGAGAUGCCGAUCAACACUCUCUUAUUUACAUAGUGAUUUACAACAAAUUUCUGAGUUAAAAACUGUCGCCUAGGCCUCUAAAUUGUGUUUACAGACAUCAGUGCUUCAUCUAGAAUUUAUUUUGGUUUGGUUUUGUGCGUAAAGGACUCUGAAAUUCGUCUGGUAGGUACAACCUAACUUGCUUUGUUUGUGUGUGUUCCCAAUUCUCAACUUAAUCAUGAAUAUUACAUCGGCUGCAGGAAUUAUAUCUCUGCUGGAAGAGCCUAUGCCAGAAUUGAAAAUAUUCGCUCUGAAAAAGUUGGAUUUGAUUGUAGACGAAUUCUGGCCCGAAAUAUCAGAGGCCAUACAGAAGAUCGAGAUCCUACAUGAAGACAAAAGCUUCCAACAGCAUGAUUUAGCAGCUUUGGUAGCCAGUAAAGUGUACUACCACUUGGGAUCGUUCAGUGAUUCCCUCCAAUACGCCCUAGGCGCUGGUAAUCUAUUUAACGUCAACUCACACAGUGAGUACGUCGAUACAAUUAUCGCAAAAUGCAUAGAUCACUACACGGAGCUGCGUAUCAGGAACUACGAGAACGAAAAAGACCCCCAAGAAAUCGAUCCGAGGUUGAAAGCGAUUGUAGACCGAAUGUUCCAACGAUGUUUGGAUGACGGCCAGUACAAACAGGCGUUAGGGUUGGCUUUGGAGACUCGUAGAAUGGAUAUUUUUGAAAAAUCCAUCAGGGAAUCAGAUGAUGUUUUUGGUAUGUUGUGUUACGCGUUCAACGUAGCUAUGGCGACUCUAGAUUGCCGAGGUUUCCGUACCGUUGUGCUACGCCAUUUGGUGCAGUUAUACCGUAACCUAGCUGUCCCCGAUUACGUCAACAUGUGUCAGUGUUUGAUUUUCCUAGACGACCCUGUAACUGUAGCAAACGUUUUAGAAAAGCUGAUCGCGGAGUCUGAGGAUAGCACACUGAUGGCCUACCAGAUAGCGUUCGAUAUGUACGAGUCGGCCACCCAACAGUUUCUGGGCCGAGUUUUGCAGAAUUUGUGUGCUGCCAAUCCGCUUCUCACCACUACACCGAUCGUUCCAAAAUUGCCCACCUCUGAUGGAGCGAGUACUUCGUCCGCAGUCACAGUAGCCGCUCCGGUUCCUGUGGAGGAACCGGUUAUCGAGGCGCCGCCACCGAGAGACGUCAACAGUUUAACCGAGGAGGAGAAACUGCUACAGACCCGUGUCCAGAACCUCAGCAGAAUCCUUAGUGGGGAGGUUUCCAUUGAUCUACAUCUGCAGUUUUUGAUACGUAGCAACCACACAGAUAUGUUGAUCUUAAAAAACACCAAGGAUGCUAUCCGGGUGUCGAUUUGUCAUACAGCAACGGUUAUAGCCAACGCCUUCAUGCACAGUGGCACUACCAGCGACCAGUUUCUGAGGGAAAAUUUGGAGUGGCUCGCCAGGGCUACCAACUGGGCCAAACUGACUGCAACGGCUUCGCUGGGAGUCAUACACAGAGGUCAUGAACAAGAGGCCUUGGCGCUGAUGCAGAGCUAUUUGCCCAAAGAGGCGGGACCGAGUUCAGGUUUCUCGGAGGGCGGGGGAUUGUAUGCGUUGGGUUUGAUUCACGCCAACCACGGCGCGGUCAUCACCGAAUAUCUGCUGAGUCAGCUGAAGGACGCGCAGAACGAGAUGGUGCGACACGGCGGCUGUCUCGGACUUGGAUUGGCUGCCAUGGGAACCAACCGUCAGGAUGUCUACGAACAGCUCAAGUUCAAUCUGUAUCAGGACGAUGCUGUGACCGGGGAGGCUGCAGGCAUAGCAAUGGGCAUGGUGAUGCUGGGCUCGAAAUCGUCACAGGCGAUCGAGGAUAUGGUGGCUUAUGCGCAGGAGACGCAGCACGAGAAGAUCCUGCGCGGCCUGGCUGUGGGGAUAGCUCUCAACAUGUACGGCAGACUGGAGGAGGCGGACGCCCUCAUUCACUCGCUCUGUCAGGACAAGGAUCCCAUCCUCAGACGUAGUGGCAUGUACACCAUCACUAUGGCCUACUGUGGCACCGGUUCAAACCAGGCGAUCAGACGUCUGCUGCACGUGGCAGUGUCAGAUGUGAACGACGACGUUCGUCGGGCGGCCGUCACGGGGCUGGGUUUCCUGCUCUUCCGAACCCCGGAGCAGUGUCCUAGUGUCGUCUCACUGCUCGCCGAGAGCUAUAAUCCACAUGUCAGGUACGGAGCAGCAAUGGCGCUGGGCAUAGCUUGCGCGGGGACUGGGUUGAAGGAGGCCAUCGCCCUGCUGGACCCCAUGACAAAUGACCCGGUGAAUUUCGUGAGGCAAGGCGCUCUCAUAGCGUCGGCCAUGAUACUCAUACAGCAAACCGAGCAGACCUGUCCCAAGGUCAAGGACUUCCGCACACUCUACUCCAAGGUGAUAGUUGACAAACACGAGGACGUGAUGGCAAAGUUUGGCGCCAUUUUGGCGCAGGGCAUAAUUGACGCGGGCGGUCGCAACGUGACGCUGACGCUGCAAUCUAGGACAGGCCACACGGACAUGUUGGCGGUGGUCGGCACCCUCGUCUUCACCCAGUACUGGUAUUGGUUCCCGCUCUCGCACUGCCUGGCACUCGCCUUCACGCCCACCUGUCUCAUUGGUCUGAACGCACAACUGAAGAUGCCAAAGGUGGAAUUCCGCAGUGCAGCGCGUCCAUCCACCUAUGCCUACCCUCCACCGCUCGAGGAGAAGAAACAGGAGGAGCGAGAAAAGGUGACAACUGCAGUGCUCAGUAUCGCCGCCAGACAGCGCAGGCGCGGUGGAGGUGGAAGCAGCAGCAGCAAACAAGCGGCAGCUGAUUCUGCCACUACUUCCGGUUCAGCUACUACUACUUCCGGUUCGGCAGCUACUUCCGGUUCCGGUGUGGCGGCUACUUCCGGUAAAGAGGAGAAGAUGGAGGUGGACGAGUCGAAGGAGGAGGUGACGGCCGAAAAGGAGAAGAAGGGUGCCGACGAGAAGGAAACUAAGAAGGAGGAGAAAGAGGAAAAGGAGAAGAAGGGGAAGAAGGAGGAGAAGUCGAAGCCAGAGCCCAAUUUUGAGGUGUUGUCGAAUCCGGCGCGCGUGAUGAAGCAGCAGUUGAAGGUAAUUUCACUGCUAGAGCCGAACGGUCGCUACGUGCCACUGAAGGAGGUGGGAGGAGGGGGCAUAGUGAUGAUGAGGAGGCGAGGAGGGGCGGCGGCCGCCAUGGAGCAGGAUGAGGAGGAGGAGGAGGAGCUGGUGGAGCCGGUGGCUGCCUUUGGACCGAAACCCGAAGAUGACCGGGAACCGGAACCGCCCGAACCGUUUGAAUACACCGAGGAUUAGGAGGGUGGUGCAAAGAGAUAACUCUGAAAUUUGUGGAGGGUUAUCAUUUUGUCAAAAAAUGGAAAUAUAUUUCACUGUAUUUUGUAAAAAAAAAAAUGGUAAUUAAAGGGCCGUUUGCACAGUGAUAGCUUAGACUGAAUUCAAUCAGCUGUUGGCUUAAACUCAAAAUAAAUCACAUUAUAACAAAUUAUACUUGAUAUAGAUUUAAUCCAGUUUAAGAUGAAAUUUAGUUUGAACUGGCAUGUGCGCAUGUGCAAACGGCCCUAGAUCUGUCAACAUACGUAUAGACCCUCCUCCCACCAUCCUAAUACGCAUCUUAAUAAUCUAUGAACUGAAGUUUUCUUUGUUUUUAUGGUACUAGAAAUCAUUAUUUUUUCAAUUAUUGUUUCUAAUACCGAUGUUUAUGUGUUAGAAGAUAAUCUUCUUAUUUGAGAACAAUUUUCAGAUGUACUGUUUCAUAAUUAACCUGAUAAUAUUUAUUGAAUAAAUUCGUUUAUUAUUUAAUUA